AUGAUAAGCGCAGGAGAAGUCAUGCACAGCGCACAACGCGAUGCCGGCGCAGGAUCGCCGCACCUGCUGCACCCUGGCGACAUCUGUGCGGUGGGCGCCAUCCACGUCUUCGAGACGCCGCUGCAGGAUCUGGACCUGCUGCUCCAGCGUCUGCUUGAGCUCACCAGCCGCGGACAGGCGGGCCUCGACACCCGCCAGGCGUAUCUGCAAGAGCACCGCGCAGGGACAGACAGUCGACCGGCGUGCUUGUGCGUGCUUGUGCGUGCUGGUGUUUGGCGCGCACGAGCCACAGUGCGUCGCACCUUCGCCUCUGCGGUGGCCUGA